UGCGCUCGAUGGUGGACGUGCUGGCGGACCACGCGGGCGAGCUCGUGCGCACCGACAGCCCCAACUUCCUCUGCUCCGUGCUGCCCUCGCACUGGCGCUGCAACAAGACGCUGCCCGUCGCGUUCAAGGUGGUGGCACUGGGGGAUGUGCCGGAUGGAACGGUGGUGACAGUGAUGGCUGGCAAUGAUGAGAAUUACUCUGCGGAGCUGCGUAAUGCCUCGGCAGUCAUGAAGAACCAGGUGGCCAGAUUCAACGACCUUCGCUUCGUGGGCCGCAGUGGGCGAGGGAAGAGUUUCACACUGACCAUCACCGUGUUCACCAACCCCACCCAAGUGGCCACCUACCACCGAGCCAUCAAGGUGACCGUGGAUGGACCCCGGGAACCCAGACGGCACCGGCAGAAGCUGGAGGACCAGACGAAGCCCUUCCCCGACCGCUUCGGGGACCUGGAACGGCUGCGCAUGCGGGUGACACCGAGCACGCCCAGCCCCCGCGGCUCGAUCAGCACCACCAGCCACUAUAGCAGCCAGGCCCAGACCCCCAUCCAAGGCACCUCGGACUUGAACCCUUUCUCCGACCCCCGCCAGUUUGACCGCUCCUUCCCAGCGCUGCAGACGUUCACGGAGAGCCGCUUCCCCGACCCCAGGAUGCAUUACCCCGGGGCCAUGUCGGCAGCCUUCCCCUACAGCGCCACACCCUCGGGCAGCCUCAGCGUGGCCAGCAUGCCAGCCACCAGCCGCUUCCACCACACCUACCUCCCGCCACCCUACCCGGGGGCCCCGCAGAACCAGAGCGGGCCUUUCCAGGCCAACCCGUCCCCCUAUCACCUCUACUAUGGCGCAUCCUCCGGCUCCUACCAGUUCUCCAUGGUGGCGGGCAGCAGCAGCGGGGGCGACCGCUCCCCCACCCGCAUGCUGGCCUCCUGCACCAGCAGCGCCUCUGUGGCCGCCGGCAACCUCAUGAACCCCAGCCUGGGUGGCCAGAGCGACAGCGUGGAGGCGGACGGCAGCCACAGCAACUCGCCCACUGCCCUAAGCACGCCGGGCCGCAUGGACGAGGCCGUGUGGCGGCCCUACUGACCACCCGGGUCAAAGCGGACUGCUUCCGAUGGAGGCAGGGACCCCACGAACCUUCCCGACAAGUGGCUGGCCCAGCUCUGAGGCUCGGGGCGGGAAUGGGACUUAUGCUCCAGGCCAAUCAUGGGCCCAGGGUCCACGAGCCCUGGGGCCCAGAGCUGGCGGAUGGCUCUGAGAGCAUCUUGUCCAACCACGUUGUUGUACAGAUAGGUAGGGACCUCCCUCAGGACGCUGCCUCUAGCCCAAUCCCUCGUCAUCUCAUCCCACAUUCCUAUGGGAAGGUAUCCUCCUGCCACCUCCCCUGGAAUGACCUGCCUGUCCCCAGCCAUGCCUGGUGCUAUCACAGGGCCCAGGUCUCCUGGGGGCAGAAACCAUCUCUGUUCCAGAGAGAGGUGGCGUUUGCCCACAUGGCUUGGCCUCUGACUCACGGGGCCCUGGGAAAACCUCCCCACCCCACCCCCCUUCCUCAGAGACCCUGUAUCCCACGGGCCCAGCCCUCCCUCAGCAUUUAUGCGAACUGAAUCAGAACUGGAAGGUUUCCCCACCCCUGAGAGGGUUUCCCCUCAUUGUAUAGAUGGGGACAGGACCCAUCCAGAGGCCCCAGGAAAUCGCUGGCAGAGAUGGGAUGAGAACACCCCCAAAUCAGCCCCCCCCAGCUCUGCUUCCCUAGAGUUCCUAACAGCUGAAAGCUCCCACCCCGUCCCAGCUGUCUGCGGGUCCCAGGCCCCAGAGGAGACUAGCCAAUGGCAGCAGGUCCCUAAAACCAGGAAAAACACCUGCAGACAGGUCCUCCGUGCACUUUACCAGCCCAAGGCAUUCACCCUCUGUUCUCUUGGUGGAGGGCCAGGGAUCCCCCUUCCCCCCUAGGCUGGGCUCAGAAUUGCCAUUUUUGGAAAGAGCACAGGGACCAAGGUGGGACAGGUCCUAGCAGAAGGCAUCGGGGUGAGAGGUCAUGGGGUCAGAUUUCAGCAUCCCUGUCCCACCUUGGUCCAGCCAAGCUGUGCACACCCCCAACCCCCAGCCUUGUGGGCAGGCCUGGCCCCAUCUUCCAGCCUCUGACAGCCCUCCAUCUUGAACCAGUCUGUCCUCCAAAAGCUGGCUUGAACAAAAACCAGUUUUUAAAGCUGAUUUUAGAAUAACAAGCAUCAAACAUUUUCAAAUCCAUGGUCUCUUAGAGGUAGAGCCCUAUAGGAGCAAACAGCAGCCCCUCUGCCUUCUGAGAGUGUGGUAUUCUUAGGCCCUCCGGCAUCCCACCCACUUCCACCCGAAGGCCCGCAUUGGUGGGGACCCAAGGGAACCCCAGGUGACGCUAGAACUCACAUCUGUGGCUCUCAGACAUUUGCCCAAGAGGAAGUGGAGAGGUGGAGAACCACAGCCGUGGGAUGGCGGCACAGAAGGGCUGGCCAGCCUCGGCGCAGCCCACCUGUACUCGGGGGAGAAGUGUUGCCCCUUUAGUUCGCCGAUGGGAAAGCAGGACUUGCCCAGGGGUUCGGGCUGCACAGACGCUCAUGUCUGAGUUUGGUUCUAAAAAGGCGUAAGUGGAAAAGGACAAGAAAACCCUUAAGGGCUAGACUGCGCGUGGUUUUCAGUCACUGUUUCAGCCACAUCCUCUGUGGAUGUGACAACCUCCCCUCCUUCGUCAUCAUCUCUCUGAUAGCUCUCAGCCUGCCGUGCCACCCCCGACCUCUGACAGCAGCCAGGUGAUACGUACAGGAUACACAGCUCUGGCAAGUUAGGAAGUCCUUCUGGUGAUCUUACACAAACCCUUCCCACUGCAUUUUCUCUGGUCCUGUCCUCACUGGAAAAAGCAGUCUCCAUCUCUUCAAGAUAGCUGCUGGGGUGUCCUGCUGACUCCCUGCACCCAGGGGGCUCUCCACCCCUUCUCAGGAAGCAGCUACAAAUCCAUUGCCCUGGUACCUUCCUCACGCCUGUUCUCUGUGGUUGCAGACUGGCCCCCGGCCUGCGUGGGAGGCGCCCUGGGGUUCCCAGUGCCCAGCACUUUGUAGCCCCACUCCCGAUUACCAGCCCUUCCUGAUAACCAAGCCCUGGUAGGGGCAGAGACAGGAAAUAAACGGAUUCCGCCCCCCAACUAAAAGUGAUGACAGCCAUGCCGAGUCUGUUUCUAAGGCCCAGAGCGAGUACAGAGAGCUUGGGCGGCCAGAAAUAGGUCCAUAUUUCCAAGGCUGCUUUAAAGUUGUCCUAGGCGAACACACUGAUUGAGAAAGCAUAAGGAAACAAGGGUUUUGCUACCAUGUUACUGUAAGCUUGGUGGUGGUUGGUACAGAGCCUUUGUGACAUACCGUCAUGUCGAGGUGUUAAUACCUGCCAUACACACAUCUUCAGUAAAACCGUCCCCGAGCCGGGAAGGGGGGAGGGCUGGAAACUGCUUUGCACUAUGAUUUGCUUAGUGUGUUUGUUUGCAAUGCACAACUUGCUGUACAGUCAACUGUCUGUCUUCUGUACUAUUUAACUGUAAAAUGGAAUUUUGACUGAUUUGUUACGAUAAUAUAACUCUGAGAUGUGUUGAAGGGUCCC